GUUUAGUAUCGUUUAAGUUUUUGUUUGAAUAAGACAUAUUUAGCUCGUCAAUUAUAUGAUAAGAGUUUUAUCAAUUUUUAAGUAAUGAAGGCUAAAGUAUUCGCACUUACAUUUCUGUUCAAUUCGUGUUUGUGCACAUUGGUCGCUAGCGAAAAUUACGAAAAUAUCACAGUUAUAGAUGGAACAUCUUGGAACCAUUCAACCAAACAAGUUGUGGAUGGAAAACCCAUUGUAAUUCACACGCAACUUCAACAUUAUGACCAGCCAACGCUGAAAGAAUAUCAGGAAUGUCACGAGAAUCUAGAAAAAUGUAAAAAUGUAUGUCAAGCUGUGGAGAGUCCUGUUGCCUGCAUAACGAAGUGUCCAGUUUGUCCGUUUCUAGUAAAAGAGAAAAUUGUAGUACAGGGCAUUAACGAUACAGACUUCACUUCACCAGCCGCAAAGCCCCUAAAUACCACAAAUAUAAUACGUCUGACGAACCAAAUUCGUAAUAUUAUAGAAAAUCAUCAGGGAAAUAUAACUUAUCGCAAUGAAAACAUAGUCCACUUCCAUCAGAAUACUUCAAGAGUAGGUGGUAAAUUUGGCUUAGGUUAUAAUAACACCGAUCCCUGUUGCAUAAUAGUAAGAUCAUCGAAGAAUUGUGAAACUCAGCAGUUUUCGACAGCAGCUCACUGCCAUCGCAAACGUCAUCGUGUUUGUGGCAAACAAUGUAUUUCACGAGUAAUGAUGGCCAAACGUGUUACUCUAUGCGAAAAUACACUUCCAUUGGAAGAAAAUGUAGACUAUUUAGAAGAGAAUUGUCGUGAAAUAGUAAAAUAUAUUCCAUACCAUUCACGUAAGAAACAUCUGAUUAGAAUGCGAAAUAAAUGUGUCUCCAUACCUUAUUGGCCCUAUGUUGCAUGUGGCCAUAAAGUAGGAAUGGAUAAUUAUGAACAUUCAAUUUGUAGACGUUGUCAGCAUUUAACAUAUUACUAUGUAUUACAAAGAGGAGUACCAGCCCAGUGCAACAGAUGUUUCAUGACCUAUCCCAGACCUCCUUUCGAAAUGUAUCCACCGCAAUGGUAUCCAGUAAUGGGACCCCACAUUGAAGACGUUGAGUCCGAAGACGAUUUUGAUUUUCAUCGGGGUGGUUGGCAAAAAGAUAAAACUAAAUGCAGAUUGCCCAAUGGGACCAUUAGUGAAAACUGCAACGACAUUGAAGGAAGCGGUACAGAAUCAUCUCCCACUACUUCCGAUCCAUGGGCGGAGUUGCCAGAAGCCCAAGAUGAAUAUUUGGAAUAUGAUACUUUUAACAAUGAUGACCUUGAAAAUGUACGUAGACGUCGUCAUACUUUUACUAGAUCGAAGUAUAGCCGUCGGUAUAUGCAGUAAAUCCUUUUAAAGAGAAAGAAAAUACUUACAUAUGUAGGCAUUUCAAAUAAAAAUUUAGGUCCUCAGCAUCGUUUGAUCUACACAAAACUUACAAUAUUUGUGCUUCCUUUAUCAUACGAAUCACACAAAUAAUCACAAAAAAAUAAAAUAAAACCUUUGAAAUAUUUUAA